UGAGCCCUGUUUUUCAACCCUCGCGAGUGUGUAGUAAUCGUUGCGUGAAUUUAAUGUGUUUAUUUACAACAUAAAAUGAUGCCAAUGUCGAGAGAAAGAGAGAAGGCGUAUAUCCUUUUACACAAUUAUCCACCCACCUGCUUUGGGCUAGACGACUGACUAUUUACGGUGUGUGUUUUCUUCACUGUCAUUGCGGAAAGGAACAAGUAUAAAGGAGUACUGUUUGCUUGAGCUAGAACCGUUUUCCGAAGGCUGCAAAAAGUAAUCGAAUUCGAAUUUCAAACCAUACAUAUGCGGGUUUAAGGUUGAACAACAGGGAACCAAUGGUAGUUGAGUGUAGAAAGUGUUAAAAGUGAUUUUUCCAAUACAAAAGCCAUGAUUCUGUUGACAAAGAAGGAGUGGAAAAAUCUCACUCGAAGGUUACGAUUUUCACCGCGAAAGCGCCACUACGUCAUUUCUGGGAUUGUCGUCCUUGUGGUGAUGACACUGGUCUAUUGUACCAUUACCUCAUCUUACUACUGUUUUGAUACUGGAAUCGAGUGGAAAGUCAAUAAAUUUUGCAAGCGAUACAGAACCACCGGUGCUUCUGGCUUUAUGUGCCAGGAAUUUUGCAGCUGGGAUUUUUUCUGCCCGGAACCAAGUCUCGAAAUACAUCAUCCAAAUCGUUUUCAAGUUAAGAAACUUGGUGAUCCCCUUAACAUAAUCCAAGCAGUUCCCAACGAAAACUACGAAAAGUUAUUCUGGGUUGACAGUCUCUACCAGAAGGAACACUAUCCCUCAGAAACCGAGUAUGAAAAUAUCGUGAAGCGUUAUGUAACUAACAAGUACAACAUGGACAUUCCUUUUGACAAGAUGCGAUCCUUGUUGAGACUCUCGAACAAGCAACAUGUAUCAAUGUUCCAUAGCAGCAUGCGUGACAGUUGGAAUCUGAUACAGAACCACGAGUAUGCGAUGAUGAGUAUGUUCAACGAGAAAGAUCUUUUCCCGUAUGUGACGGGAAACUGUGGGGAGAUGUUUGCCUUCGAGCAUCUAGAUCCGGUCGAUUUCGACGAGGAUCGCUACUAUUUGAUGAAAAGUAUCGACGUGGAUCGCUGGCGGUAUCAUAUUAAGGUGGCAGUGCUAAUUUUGGACUAUAUCGAAGAACUGGACCAACAGGAGAUUCAAAUGUGUCACGUUGAUUUAACCAGAUUCGGCAUCAACAACAAUCGCUUAAAGUAUGAUGAUUUACGGUUUCUGUUUACGGAUUAUACCAUCAAUCGGAAGGUUUCUAGCGGGAGCUACUGCACGCGGGACGAGCAUUGCAAUUUUAUGGACUGCCGAUCGGUUUGCAACGUUGAAAAAAAUUGGUGUGAGUCGGGAGUUUUGAAUAACAAUGUUCAAAUUGUUUGUGAAAAGAUUUUCCUUGGUACUCCUCGCUACCCGGGAAUCCUGAUCACACAGAAAACCCCCGACCGGUUGGAGGCGUUGCUGAAACGGUGCGCCGCACCAACCCACGAACAUGAUGUUUCCCGCUCGAGACCGUUCGGUGCCUCCGACGAACUGAAGAAACAGUUGUACAAUGAGCUGACCAGUAUUUACGAGAAGCUUGCCUCGAUCAAUGUUCCCUAGAAAGCUUUAGCGAUAAGGUGCAUGGUCGUCAAUCGUGUGGAUGUCACCGCCUAAGUGUUUAUGGUUCAUUUUUUCGAACCGGUGUACCCGUCGUCGUCAGUGUAGAUGUAAUAUGUUGAAGGAAGCAAAAUUAGUGCUCAACAGUGGUUUCAAAGCUAAUAGAAAUCCGGCAUUUUAUUUGGACCAUUUUCGAGACUCUAAUAGCGUAAAUCAGGGACCCUAUUCUCUGUCACUUCACCUAGUGAAGUGACUCAGCAGUUCAACCGUUUCACAGUCAUUCGUGUGUCCGAAUUACUUCGGAAAAUAAAUUGAGGCGACAGUGAAAAUAGGGUUCCAUCAUUCAGGUUUGUAGAAUUUACCAAUGCAAUCUCUUGAAAUGAUAAAAGUUCAACAUUCUUUUAGACUAGAAACUAUUUGAGUGAUAUUGAAUCUAAGUACUACUUGAAGUACGUUAAACAAUCAUAUAUUCCUAGUACUAAGUUAGUAACUGCGCACCUGUAACAAGUUUUUGUUUUUUUAAAAUAAAAUGAAUACGCAGCACAAAUAUUUUCGGAUGGAUGUAAAA